AUGCAUCAUGAUAACCAGCUUAAGAUUGUUGAAAACCUUAAAUCUCUUCACAUUACCCAUGCCUACAAAAAAACAACAAAUCACCACCAUGAGUGCGCCAUGCAAUUUCAUUGUGUUGAAUUGUUGAAGAACAAGUUUGGGUUUGAUGAUGCUUUCAAUUAUAAGGAAGAGCCUGAUAUGAAUACAGCUUUGGAAAGGUACUUUCCUGAGGGCAUUGAUAUCUAUUACGAAAAUGUUGGAGGCAAAAUGCUAGAUGCUGUAAUUUUCAACAUGAGAAUCCAUGGUCGCAUUGCAGUCUGCGGGAUGAUCUCGCAGUACAAUCUUGAUCAACCUGAAGGGGUACACAACCUAAUGUUAAUCGUUUAUAAGAGAGUUCGAAUCGAAGGAUUUGCUGUCUUUGAUUACUAUCCACAAUAUUCAAAGUUCUUGGACUUUGUAUUACCUUCCAUCAAAGAAGGGGAGAUAAAGUAUGUGGAGGACAUUGCUGAAGGCCUAGAGAGCGGCCCUACUGCUUUGAUAGGAUUGUUUAGUGGUCGCAACGUGGGAAAACAGGUUGUUGUUGUCGCUCCAGAGUGAUUGAUCGGUCUUCUCUCUUCUAGUGCAUGGAUUUUCAUGGUUUCCGUGAAAUAGGAAGAAACUAAAUUUGUGUUUUGAAAAGGAUUAGUUUUAGUUAUAAAAGAAAAUUAGUCUAGAUUUUGCUAAUAAAUGCUUUAAUUAGGGUACUCUUAAGG